UCUACCCAAAUGCAGCGACCGACCACUCUCAAGCCACGGCGGCCUCUUUGCUUCGAUUGGUCAUUCCGAACCGACCGAGGAGCCGAACCAGUCCUAAUCAAGGCCAAACCGAGACCCCAACUAGCCCCUUUUGUCUUCUUCCUCACUCAACUUAUAACCGAAAAGCCGAACCAAACGAUUGCUAACCCGGGGACUUCAACGCUGACGAAAUCUCCAACAAAAGCAUGGGCAGGGGAUGGGCGCUGUUGUCGGGCAUGGUGUGGCGUGGGGAACAGCAAAGUAUGGGAGCUGUUGUCGGGAAGGGUGCUUGCAUGGGAAACGACAAGAUGUCUUCUCCCUUGGAAAUUAGUGAACCAAUAGCAUCCACUCAUACAAAUGAUAAUGAGGUGAAUGUACAAGUUCCUGCAGAUUCAACUCAAGUAGAAGCUAACAAUCAAGAAAAUGAACAUGAAGAACCAGUUGUCGGGAGAAGGAGGAAAAAAACUUCAGUUGUUUGGAAUGAUUUUGAUGAAAUUGAAAUCUCCCGUGGGUGAAGAAAGCUUGCAUGCUUCAUUGAAAUACUUACGGUGAUUGUGUAUGAUAUGGAGGAACUAAUGAUGAAAUGUCGUUACUAUUAAUUUUAUUGGUAGAUAUUUUAUGUAUCAGUUCUGUUCAAAUGGAAUGGAGAUGUAGGCUUUAUUUUUUUGUUUGUAAUAGUUAAUAUGUUGGUUUGAUAGAUUGGAUUAAAAAUUA